ACCACACUCACAAUUCAAACACACACACAACACAUUUAAAACCUCCACGCAGCGUCCGCCCCCUCGGGUCAUCGUCGGUCGCACUUGCCUCAUUGAGAGAGAACCCGUGCUGCGGGGCCCGGCCGCUUUCUUGUGUAACCUGAGUGCCGCUUCGGGCCCUAGCCUGAAGAUGCCCAACCCCCGAACCCCGAUCCCCCGAUCCCCCAAACCCAAAAAUCGUCCCGAACACCGCCAAAGCGCACCUGCAGACACCCCCCCGGCCAUUACCCAAGAACAUGAGACCGGACGCGCCUUCUCCCCGGGUUCCCGUCUCAGUCGCCUCGUGGCCCGCUUCGGCCCGUGCGGAUCAGUGGCACCGAACCACCGAAUCACCGGCCCGUCUCCCAGGUACCUUACGUAGAUUUCCGGGAUUCAACGUUGGCGUUUCAUCUGCCGGCCCGGCUACAGGCCACUGCCGAGCCAAUGAUCUUCAGUCGCACAUUGGUUGUAGUUGCAUCUUUUUUUUUCUUUUCCUUUUCCGCUUUUCGCUUCUUGCUUCUCUUUUUUGCUGUUCCAACAUCGUAGCCAUUGGUGGUGGGAGGGGCUGGAGGGGCUGGAGGGGGCGAUUUUCAUCCGAGGACAUGCCGACCAGCAAUAUUCGCCUCGAUCAUUGGGCCGUCCGACUUCGUCCAUGCACAGGCGCUUAGAGCUGCAGCUGCAGAGCCACCGCAUGCGCCCGCCCAUGCCGUCAUGCGGUUAGACCGUCUCAGAGCUGCACACCAUCUGCUCUUCAUGCGCUCGCCCGGUGAGAAGGCCUAGAAGGCCAUCCGCGGGGGA